CUUUGGCUGUUCGCUGCUUCGGGCGUCAAUUCGCGACGGGGUACGUUUUACUUGGCGCGUAUUUAAAUUGCGUGCGAGCUGCUAGUGAAAUAGAUUGAGAUUAAAUUAAAAAUCAUUGGGAUUUACUGCAAUGGCUCGAGGCAGCUUAAGCGACGGGCGCUGGUCGCCAGCUAAUUGAUGGGACCACUGCCAAAUCAGAAAGUGCAAUUUGUAAAUAUUAACAACACGUAGUGCAAAGCGAUGCCCGCCAAGGCCAGAUCGCCCAACGACUACGACUCGCAGGAUGAGGCCAACACUGAGCUGCUCGAGAAGCUCAAGCAUUUGGAUCGCCGUGCCGAGGCUGUCGAGAGCGGCGGCGGCAUCUGUAGUCGCAGCUCCGCCUGCUGGCAGUCGCUCAAAUGGAAGUCAGCUUUGAAUCACAUCGGAUUGCUUGUCUCGCUGUCCAUCUAUUGCGGUGUGGGCGGAUUGAUCUUUCGCCACUUGGAGCGGCCAGCGGAGGUGGCGCGCCUAACGCAGCUGAAGGAUGUGGUCAAAACCCAGCGGGAACGCUUCAUGAGCACCAUACUGAAUAACACCGAGGUGAACAAUCUGAACGAGUUGCUCGCCUUUGAGCUGGCCAAAUAUGAAGCGGCCGUACAGCAGGCGGCCGAGGGCGGGCUGCUUAUCGUAGCCGAUAAAGACUUUCCAGAGCCCUAUGAGCGCUGGAGCAUACUGCAAGCUGUGUUCUUCUCAUCAACUGUGUUAACCACCAUAGGCUAUGGCAAUAUAGUGCCCGUAACGAUCAGCGGUCGCGUCUUUUGCAUUUGCUUUGCACUUGUUGGAAUACCCUUCACACUGACGGUCAUUGCCGACUGGGGUCGGCUCUUUGCCAGCGCUGUGUCCGUGUUUGGCACGCAUAUGCCCACGAAACCGAAGUUCACGAACUUCAUCGGUAAGACGUGGUUUUAUGCGAUUCUGGCCGUUGGAUUUCUAGGCGUUUAUCUAGCCGCUGGUGCCGGGCUGCUGCUGCUCUGGGAGGAUGACUGGACAUUCUUUGAUGGCUUCUAUUUUUGUUUCAUAACAAUGACAACGAUUGGCUUUGGUGAUCUGGUGCCCAAGAAACCCAAUUACAUGCUGCUCUGCACGCUCUAUAUACUCAUUGGCCUGGCCCUAACCUCCACUAUCAUUGAGCUGGUGCGUCGCCAGUACGCGACCAGCUGGGCCAAGCUGCAGGAACUUUCCGGUCCCAUGGCUGAGACAUUACGUCGCCUGGGCGAGACAGCGGGAACGGGCCUUGACUAUGCAACACUGCAAAAGGUCUUAACCGUGUCUAUGCCCAAGUGGAACAGCAACAAAAAGAGCGAGCACAAUUCGGAUAUUGCCGCACUGGAGGCCAUCACGAAUGCCAUACUCAAGGAGGUGAAGGAGGCGCAGAAUAGCAAGCCCAAGGUGUUGCAAAUUGUCAUCUACGAGUCAUCCGUCUAAAGAGCUUCCACUUUUCGGCGACAAGAAGAGUGAGGCGGAAGAAAAACUCACAGCAUACUUCUAGAGCUAGGCACAAAACCAAAUAUCAUAUAAUAGAUGAAAUCUUGUACUUAUGUUAGUUAGGCUUCACACAAUAUCUAGUUGUUGUUAUUCCCAUAAUUGUUCAUCGAUUUGUAUGUAUGUAUAUCAAUGGGAAUCGGAUGCCCUGUUGUCCAGUGUUGUCCAGCCAACGACUUCCAUAAGCUAAUUUCUAAAUAUAAUUAAUUGUAAAUGUCUGGGCAAUAAUAUUGCUCAUACGUACUGUGGUCGCAUACACAUGCGAGGGUCGAUCAAUAAGCACACGUCUUUGACAAUUACUCAAGCUGGAAAUCGAUCUGAGAUUUGUAUUAUCAGAUGGAAACCUAACUUGCAUCUGUGCAGCCCCUCCCACCUGGCUUUUCCUGUUGACCUAUUGUCUAGUCAAGAAAUUACAAGCACGCUCGAAGAUGCAUAACAAAGUGAAAAGUUUCAGGAAAAUAGGGCUUAUUUCGGCACGCCAAAGAUUAAAUGCCCUUUGAGACACCGAUUGUUCCUUUAACGGACAUAUGAUAUAGUCAGCCGAUUUUAUGCGCUGUUGCUAACUGUUAGCUGUUAGCUGUUAAGAUGUUCUCUGUAUCUCAUAGUACCCUCUCUGCCUGCAUCAAUGCAAUUUAUUGGUCGAGCCUCGUAUAUUAGCAACAAUUAGGCUGCAAUACUCGUUAUGGCAAAAGGUGAUGGAUACGUUUUUUUUUUUUUAUAAAUUAAGAAACUAUUAAUUAUUAGGUAACAAUUACUAAAAAUAAUCAUUCAUUGAUGUCCAAUAUUCAUAAUAAACAA